CUACCUUCUUCUCUCUUCGACUGUUCCUCAUUUCCCAUCUUUAUUCUCCUCUCUCCCUCUUUCCCAUCAUCGCUCUUGUCAUUCUUACGUGAACUUUGAAACUUAAGGAGAUUAAAGGCUUUUGAAUAUGAUAGUGACACUCUCCUCCUCCUCCUCCUCCUCCUCCUCCUUCUUCUUCUUCUUCUUCUCCUUCUUCUUCUUCUUCUUCUUCUUCUUCUUCUUCUUCUUCUUCUUCUCACAGGUGGAGGGGCUCCAGGUAGCCGGGAAGUAUCACCUGGUGGUCACUGCCGUCAACGCUAAGGGCGCCAGUGAACCUGUCCUCCUCACUGUCACCAGCCUGUCUACCAAUGGCUCCGUCUACCAGCUGUAUGACGGUCCCUCUGAGGCUGAGGUCCGGGACGGUGGUAAAAUCAACACCUCCAACACCAAGCCUACUGAUGAAAACCACCACACCUUCCUGGACACCCUGGCUCUCCCCUCCGUCAUCAUGGUGGUGCUGGGCGUGGGCUCCGGCCUGGUACUGCUGGUGAUUCUCUUGUUGCUGUUCAUCACUUUCCGCAGCAGGAGGGCACCACAGCUGUUGUCCCUGGCCGCUGGGGUACACAGUCACAAGGAGAUGGAUGAUCGACACAGCAGGGCCGCGACAGGAAGGUCUCCCAGGAGUAGUCGUACUUCGUCUACGUUGACGCCUGAACACGAUAGUUCCUGUCUGGAGAGGGAGAUGCAGGUAGAGAUUGAGAGUGAUGCGGAGCCUGACAUAAUUCCCCUCCAGGAGUGUCGUGGAGGGGAUGAGGGAGAGGAGGUCCUCCCACCCGCUACCCUCCUACCCCCUGAGGCCUACAAGUUCCCGGCCUAUGUCACCUCCCCUACCCAGACCCUCUCCAGGUACAGCAUCCCCGGGAUAUCCCACACGCUCCCGCCACCCCCAGCACCUCCUGGGGGUUUAGAGACCUUCCCUGGCCGCUAUUACCCUAGAGAGUACCUCCAACACGAUCCGACCUACCUCCAGGAAACCUCAGCUACCUCCACCUUACCUCCAAGGACCUCCAUCACACCUCCAAGCACCUCCGCCUGCUACUCCACCAUGAUGAACCCCCACCAUCUUCCUUGUAGGGAUGUGGAGGGGAACUUGCCACCUCCCGCAGGAUUCCUCGGCCCCGAUAGGAAACGAGUGUCCUUCGCCAGACAUUUGAGCUGUGAGGAUGACGCCCCCAGCACCCCGCUCCUGAAGAAGGGGGAGAGUUGUGUAUGAUGCUGAGUUAGUGACUUUUACGACAGACAUCAACGUAGGGUUAGUCUUUUUAUACAAUCUGAGAGCACUAUACUUUUGUAUUAUUGGUGGUACAGUGUUACGGUGGUACAGUGUUACGGUGGUACAGUGGUGCAGUAUUACGGUGGUACAGUGUUACGGUGGUACAGUGUUACGGUGGUACAGUGGGUGGGUGUAUGGAUUGUAAGGCGGGAGACAAGGAGUUUAAGUACACAGAACAACUACAGUAUUAUUUUCUUUUGAUGAGUGUGUGUGUGUGUGU